AUGCGGUCUCCGAAGCUAUCUGCUCCCUCUGCCUCAUUGCUUCGCUUUCUAAGAUCACAGACCGGUGCCUCGACCACCCCAUCAGUAUGCGCUUAUCCGAAGCGUCUGGCCAGCCGCGGUAAAGCCUUCUCGACAGGCUCGGGUUUAUCGAGCUGGACGCGCCGCAAUGACCCGUGUGGCCCAACGACCGGUGGAAAUGGAAUAUGCGUCAACUCGCAGGGGAACCUGAGUACCCGGGCUGUUCUCUCACCGUCAGUGCCGACACAGUUGACACUCACGCGUCAUGCAUCUACCAAAAGUCGACCAUUACUUCGAAGGCUGUUUGAUUUGAAAAAGGGCAAGACUCCCGACUAUCAGGACCCGAACGCCCCUGUCCCUGGAUUUAUGGAUGAAGGGACAGAGGGCAUGUUCAAUAUUGGCCGCAGUCUCUCAGCAAAAGCGUCAAAUGAGCUACGAAUUCGAUGCACGGAGUUCGAUAUCAACGGUGAUGUCACACUGGUGAACGGGGAGUUCAGGAAACAGGAACUCAUUGCCAAGUAUGGGCUUCUUCCUCGAGACCUACGAAAGAUCGACUCAUCGACCCUUCCUCAUAUCCUGAUACGACCGAGUGCGAUCCUGAUCAACCUUCUACAUCUCCGAGUACUUAUCAAAGCGGACCGAGUCCUUGUUUUUGACGCCUACGGAUCAACGGAUUCAUACAUGCAAUCGCUUUUCAUCUACGAUCUCGAGGGAAAGCUGCGUCAGAGAUCAAUCCAGGGAACCUCUCAGCCUAGCCAGGCACUUCCUUAUGAGUUUCGUGCGCUGGAAGCCGUUCUCAUUAGUGUUACGAGUGGUCUGGAAGAGGAGUUCAAUGGAGUGAGAGAUCCGGUCGUGCGAGUCCUCCGUGCAUUGGAGGAGGACAUUGAUCGUGACAAGCUUCGCCAUCUCCUGAUUUAUUCCAAGAAACUGGGUACAUUUGAGCAAAAGGCCCGAUUGGUUCGAGAUGCGAUUGAUGAUCUGCUUGAAGCAGAUGACGAUCUGGCUGCCAUGUAUUUGUCUGAAAGAUCCACCGGCAAGGAACGGGAAGAGGAUGAUCACCAAGAAGUUGAGAUGCUUUUGGAAUCAUAUCAUAAAGUUUGCGAUGAGAUCGUCCAGGCCAGUGGCAAUUUGGUGACCAACAUUCGCAACACAGAAGAAGUAGUCAAGGCGAUUCUCGACGCAAACCGCAACUCACUCAUGCUCAUGGACCUGAAAUUCAGCAUUGGAACACUCGGUCUUGGUGCAGGAACCCUGUUCUCCGCCCUCUACGGCAUGAACUUGAAGAACUUCAUCGAAGAAUCAGACUUUGGCUUCGGCGGUGUCUCAAUCACAUGCUUCGCUCUCACCGGUAUCGUCUGCGUGUAUGGACUGUUCAAACUGCGCAAACUGCAGCGUGUCCGCAUGUGGGGCGAGUCAGGCGUGGGAGGCUUCUCUCUCGUUCCUCUUUCCCCCAAGCGCAGUGCUCGCAACGGGAACCGCAACAACUGGCGUGCUGAUUCCAUCGAGCCGGUCUGGGGCAGUCUGCCAGGCGAGAGCCGAUCCGAGCGUAUCAGACGUCUUCGAGAAAAUGCCACUCAAGCUGCUCACCAGGCAGCGUCGAGGAACUUCAAGGCGACACUGGCCAAUUCCACUGCUGCUCUGCAGGCAUCUGCUAAUGCUUCUACGCAAGCGUCGUCUGCGGCUUCCGGCAGUGCUCGUGCGAACAGCAAGCCACAGGGAAAGGAGACUGGUACCCGCGAACAUGCAAAGCUCGACUCGAUUAACGACUCUGCAUGA